UACGUCCUCUUAUCCACUAGUCGACAACAUCCUCAUUAUGUGGACCCAAUCUCUCACACUCGUCCUUGCAGCCCUAGCUUGCAAGGCCACUUCCUUUUCCCUCGAUGCCACGAGUUCCCCCUCCAUCAAGACCGGCUCAGCAGAUUUCGCCAGAUCAUUGGCAUCUAUGUGUCCCGCUGGCCUGCUUCCUGCGCCAGCAUAUUGGUGGGAGUCCGCAAAUUCCUUGAGCGCUCUCGUCUCGUAUCAGCACAACACCGGUGACGCCUCUUACGAGCACAUUGUUUUGGCAGGCAUACUUUCACAAGCAACUUCCGCCAACGACUUCAUGAUGCAAGGUGUUGGUGUUGCAAAUGACGACCAAGCUUGGUGGGGACGCCUCGCCAUGUCGGCUGCUGAAUAUAAGAUUUCCGACCCGCCUGCUGGACAACCGAAGUGGGUUGAUUUCGCAACGAAUGUCUACAAUGAGCAGAAAGGCCGGUGGGACACAACUCGCUGCAAGGGGGGCAUGAAGUGGAAAAUCAACCCUAACGAAAACGGCUACGACUACAAGUCUACCAUUGCGACGGCCGGUUACUUCGAGCUAGCUGCCCGCCUCGCCCUCUACAACAAGGACCAGGCAGCUUCCGAAAUUGCCGACGCGGCGUAUGACUGGCUCGUCAGUGUUGGUCUGAUCGACGUGCAGACAUUCGCGGUUUUCGAUGGAACGGAUGACUCCAAGGGAUCAGGUUGCAUUGAUGUCAAUCACAACGAAUGGAGUUACAACAUCGCAACGGUCAUGUACGGCUCCGCAGUCAUGGCGUCUCAGACCGGCGACCACAAGUGGGUCGAUCGUGUCAAUGGCUUCCUGGGGCACAUCAAAGACACCUUCACCCUCAACGGAAACCUCUACGAGCCCUUCUGCGAAAAAGGCAACAACUGCGACCUGGAUCAGCAGAGCUUCAAGGCUGUUCUCGCCAGUCUCCUCGCGAAAACCGCUGCCAUAUUACCAGAAACUGCGGACACGGUCGCGUCGAUCCUGACGCCCGCCGCAAACACAAUGGCUGGAGAUUUCAGUGAUAGUGUGGGAUUCGGUGACAAAAUGACAACACUAGAGAGCGUGAGUGGGCUGUUGGUAUUGCCAAAGGGGAAGAAGCGCGCGAUUCGCUUUUUUGCAUGAGGAUGGAGCGGGUUCUGGGGUGAUUUCUGAUUUUCAUGAGCGAACACAGCGCAUUUGAUACCAUUUAUAUUAGCAAGGAGUUGGAAGGAACUUCAUAUAGAGUAAUGACAGUG